AUGAGUCAUAUGGCACAGUCUAUGCGAUUGCAACAAUUCUCUGUCCAUCAAAGAAGCUUCGAUACUUUGAUAAUGCGGAUUGAGAGGAAAAAUGAGAAAGGAGAGGAAGUCGAUUUCAUGAAGCAUUACCGGGAGGUUUUACAGAAGGAGUUUAAGCGAUAUCAGCAGCAGGUUAUCCAGGAAACAGAACCGGUUGAUAACCAAGCAAUCUUUGAUCCUGCUGAAAAUGAGCUUGAGCUAUUAUGUGAAUCACAGACAGCUCUACAAGCUGAAGUGGAUCAACCGGAGGAUGAAAUAACACGGUAUUUGGCAAAAGGGCUCACAAAAGGUAAUCCUCGGGUCUUCUGGAAGGAGCAUGAGCACGAGUAUCCAGUCCUUGCAAAGAUUGCACGAGAUAUCCUCUCAGUUCCUGCAAGUGGCGCUGGUGUUGAGCGGCUUUUAAUUGUGCUCGUGAUCGAGCUAGAGAUGAUUAAAGAGUAUCUCUCUGUCGGAGAGGCUGCUAUGCUUGAUCAGACAAGACAGCCUGUUCCAUCGCUUAAUGAACUCGAACCAAUUAGUGAUAAUGAAGAAGAGGGUUGCGAAGCAGAGGAUUUAUCUGAGGAUGAUACAGAUGAAUCUGAUAACGAGGCAGAAGAAGGGUUAUCUACCACGCAGCCUGUAGCUCAAACUAAGCAGGUACAACGGAAGCGGUGCCGAAGUAACACCUCUGAGGCUAUAGAUGAUGCUGAUAAUGGUCUCCCACUUCCCGAUAUGCCAAUUGAGAAGACGCAGGCGCGGUCAGGGAGGGUUCGGAAGAGGCCUAAGCUACCUGAGGGAUUUGAGAUUGAUAAGCUGUAA